GGCGGAAAAAAAUGGCGUCCAGUUCUUUUUAGAACCCUGUCUUUUAUAUAGGCAUCUCUUUUCAAUACACUGCAAAGUCCAUAAGGCUAGGGAGUAGGAGCGCGCACGCGUCGUGAUCAAUAAGUCCACGUGAUCUGUCGUCACUUCGUCGAAACUCGCGUAAUUGCAAAAUGCAAAAUGAGUAGGAAAGAAACGUUUUUGUUACAAUGAAAUCACAAAUAUUUUUCCAUUGAAAGUUUAAGUGUUGUGUGUUAUAAAAUGCCAGCGUCAAUCGGCGUUAAUUUACGCGUGACGGGGCAUUGUAGCCAAGGCGGGAGAAAGUACAUGGAAGAUUUGUUUUCCGUUGCUUAUCAACAAACUGAGGAUGAGCGGGAUUUAGAGUACGCUUUUUUCGGCAUUUACGACGGACAUGGAGGCAGCGAAGCCGCAGCGUUCGCCAAAGAACACCUAAUGGAUUCAAUUGUAAAACAGCGACAAUUCUGGUCGGACAACGACGAAGAUGUUCUAAAAGCCAUCAGAAAUGGUUAUAUGCUGACCCACUUGAACAUGUGGAAAGAGCUAGAAAAAUGGCCUAAGACAGUGACAGGCUUGCCAAGCACAGCAGGCACGACAGCCAGUGUGGCUUUUAUUAGACGAGGAAAAAUAUAUGUUGGACAUGUCGGCGAUUCGGCAAUCAUACUUGGUUACCAAAAAGAAGGUUCAGAAGAAUGGGCUGCAAAACCUCUAACAUUAGAUCAUAAACCAGAAUCAACAACAGAGAUCGAAAGGAUACAAAGGUGUGGUGGUAAAGUGGUCUCCAAAGCUGGUGUUCCUCGGGUUGUAUGGAACAGACCACGACCUGGACACAAGGGACCAAUAAAAAAGAAUACACCAAUGGACGAGAUACCUUUUCUUGCUGUUGCGAGAUCACUAGGGGACUUGUGGAGUUAUAAUCCUCAGAAUGAUGAGUUCAUAGUCAGUCCAGAUCCUGAUGUUGGGGUUCUUACUAUUGAUCCUACAAAAUUUCGGUGUCUUAUUUUUGGUACCGACGGCUUAUGGAAUAUGAUAUCACCCGAAGGUGCUGUAAAUUUAGUUCAAGCCACAGAAAAGCAUAAUGAGGCUGCAUUAGUUGGUGGGAAUAGCAAUCAACCUAGGGAUUGGCUUAAUCCAUCAAAAAGCCUUGUCGAUCAUGCAUUAGAGAGGUGGUCUAAUACCAGAAUGAGAGCUGAUAAUACAUCAGUAGUGACACUAAUGUUGGACCCGCCGGGACCACCGCGUGCCACCGUGCUGCGGUCUCGCAGUGCCGCGCCCCGAGCCCCGGCCGACCCCGCGCCCCGCACCGACCCCGCGCCCCUCCCCGACCGACCCGUGCCGCAGAACGGACUCACCAUCAUGACGCGCUACUCCGACGCCGACCGCACCGCCGCGCCCCUGCCCCCGCUCCCCCCCUGCGCCACGCUCGACACCCGCCUCUCCGUGGCGCCCACAGACGACGCCGCCAGCGCCGCCAGUCCCGCCGGCACAGCUUCCGCCACUGAAGACACCGAUACAAUCACUACGUAUGGGAAUCCAGCUGAGUCGUACUUUAUGGCGCGCCUCCUCAAUCGCACCAAAAUAGUCAAUUCUCUCGCUUCCGUCCCCGAAGAACUCGCACACGUCGAAAUCCCCCCGUCGGAGACGCGCGAGACGACGCCGCCGGCGACGCGCCUGUCCGUGCCAUCGCCGCCGCCGGUGUCCGACGUCGCAUCUGUUGCUCCCGUCGAACCGAGAGAGCCCUCUCCCCAGCCCUGCGACCCAGACGAGGUUGAAGACAGUGCUCCGCCCGACGAUGGCUGCAUUCAAAUCAAUGAAGUGUCGUCGAGUUCUCCUACGGAAGCCCCGCCCAGGCAACGCGGUCGCCGUUCCCGCGCCGACCUUCGUCCCGACGAACCGCCCGUCGCCAACGACCGCGUGCUGCGGUCACAUAACGACGCGGAACCACCGCCCCGGCCGAAUACCCGGCAAACCGCUACAAGAAGUAAAGGAAACACAGUUUCCCUAGACCGUGUCGUCAUUCUGACGCGUCGUGCGCAAUCGCAAACGACGCCAGUCCCGAACAAAACUGAACCGCGUACACCUGCCAGGAAGGCUCAGAGCGGGUCCGAUGAAACUGUACCGGUAGACGAAGAGGCCGCGAAGGGAGCCAGAAUGACGAGAUCACAGGGUGGCACUGCAACUCCUCUAGCUCAAAAGAUAACCCGCAGCAUCGGUGCGUAUGCGCGGGAACUGCGGGGAGCGGCUGUGGCGGCGGCGGCGGCGGCGGGCGCGCGGGCGGGAAACUCGGCGCGCGCCCCGGGGCCGGCGCGGCGGACCCCGGCGGCGCGGCGGCAGGGCGCGCGCUCCAAGGAGAACCUCGGCGCAGGGAGGGACCGCGCCCCCGUCCCCGCCGCGCCACCCGCCUCCCGCCCGCCGCGCCGCCGCGCUUCCGCUGAUGAGGUGCACUCCACUACCUCGGAGCCGGCAGCUUCCCGUCUGGAGGCCCGGGCGCUCCGGUCACGCAACGAGCCAGCGCCACCUCCAAACAAGCGGGCCCGGCGCGAGACUGCGUCGUAUAAGGCGGCCGUGGAGCGGGUGGCGCGGGGGCUCGGCAAGCGCGCGUCGGGUCCGUGGGCGCCGGCGCUGUCGCUCCGCAACCGUCUCCGGCGCCGGCUCGUCAAGUAGCCGCAGAAGCCAAAGAAGCCCCUCGUGUCCGUCGAGCGUCCAUAGCGACUCCGCAACUAUAGUACAAACGAACACGUAGAACGUUUACUCGUAAGUUAACCGCGUGGACCAGGAGCGUUAGGUUAGUCUAGCUAAUAUUUAUUUUCACCUUAUUUUUAGCUUCUGUUCUGAUGCAUUUAAUUUAAGACGGAUAGUGAAUCUGACAUCAACGCGGAGACGCGAGAACCUCUCGGGGGCGACCGCCCGUGUACGAUGUGACUGUUAUUAUUUUCAAACGCAUAUAUGAAAACAAUUCUAAUUAAAAUUAGUAUACAUAUUUGGUUUAUUGUAAAAAUUUAGGAUUAGACCACGAGUGCUUUCUCCAUACUAAUAAUUAAGAGUGCUAAUAAAUUGAGUAGUUGUACAAAAUAAUGUAAUGAAUUUAUGAUCACCAAAAUUUACGUUCUACACCGUUAUGUAUACCGUUUUCCGCUGAAUAGACAGCGGACAAGUUAUUCUUUUACGAAAAGAAUUGUUUAUAUACAGACUUCCUAUAAUUAAGCUUUAUUGAUUUCUAAGAGAGCUCAUACGAAUGUUGUUGAAACUAUUUAAAACGAUGACGGAAUAAAU